CCCACGCAAGUCCAUCACCCGGAUAACAUCGCCCCCCUCCCACCCCCAAAACACCAAACACUCAAGCCCUAAGGUUCCAAACCUAAAACCCAGCUUCGUCAACGGAACCACCGCCGCCGUCCGUGGUUGUCGGCGUCUUCGCAGCCUCCUCCUUCCCCUGUCCCAAAUCCAUACGGCCAGACCUUCUCUUUGUCUGCUCAGACGCGCUUCCGCCGCCGUUUGUUUGCCGUUCACGUUCGCCUCUAAGUUCAGCCGUCGUCUUCCUUCGCGUUCUUCGCCGUUCACGUUCGCUCGGCGUUCACCGUUCGCGUUCACUCGCCGUUCACCGUUCGAGUUAGCAUUCGCGUUCGUCUGGAAGCCACGUUGCUCUGCUUCAAACUCUGCGACCAACCCGCGCGCUCCACGUAGCCGUCGAACUGCUCUCUUUUGUCGCCGCCGUGAGUUCCCUAAACCCGCCACCAAUACUCUACUUCAAACUCUGCAACUUCUGAUUUCUAUUACAAUAAGUAACUAUUUGAUUUGGUAGUGGUUUGGUUAUUUUUCCCAUAGAUUAUACAAUUGUUAUGUUCUCUUCUCUAUCAGAUUGAUAUUAAGUUUUGAAUUCUCUUAUUUCGUUUUAAUUUUACCGCACUCAACAUGUUUGAUGAAAUGCUUUAACCAUAUUUCUGGUUGGUUUUAUAAUUUCUAGCUUUUAGAAACUUAGUAAGUUGAUUGCAUGUGAAAUUAAGAAUAAUUGGGUCUUAGUAAUUAGGAAAGUUUAGGUGCACAAAUAGCAUCUUUGCAGAAAACAUAUUAGCAUGAUGAUUCCACUUGCAUUAGUGUUCUUUUGGUAAAUUUUAACUGUUAUUGUGAACUUGUUAAUUUGCUAAUUGUUCUUGUGUUGUUGUUCUGUUGUUCUUCUGUUAUCUUUAAUUUUUUUGUUUUUGUUGUGAUUUUCUGUUCUUGGUUUAAGCUGUGAUUGAAGGUUCUUAGUUUGGGUAUUCUUCACUUUCCUGUAAGCUUAGCUUUUAAUUCUUUGAGCAUACACGUAUCAAAUCAUUGUUUUCAGCUAUGGUGAUUUUUAGAUUUUUUUUUGGUUGCUUUGUUUUAAAUGUUCCUAUUGCUGUUGUGUUUUUGCUGUGAUUUAAAUGUUCUUUUGAUUCUUUUUUUUCCGAAUGCCCAGUCAGUGCUCGGUUGAUUGGUUUUGCUUACUAAUUGUAUUUGAUGAUAAAUUUUAAAUUGAUAACUCUAUUACUGCUUUACUGUCUGUUUUUGUAGUUAAACUUUAUUAAAGUUUCUUGAAUUUGCACUGCCUAUGUUACUGAUUCACUGUUCCUUCAUUGCUUUUUUUUGUUGUUAAUCAUUGUGAAGAGCUUUGUUAAAAUUGGGUUGAAAACUGUUAAUCUUUCUUCAUUUUUCACUGUUCUAACUUCUGUUCUUAGUAAAAGAUUUACAAUUGGUGAUCUUUUGAUUUAUUAUAUGCUUUAUGUUUUCAUUGUUCUAUUCUUAUGAAGGAAAAAAAAUUGCAAUUAGUGAUUGUAUGAUUCAUGUUUUGAUUGUUCUGUUAUAUAAAAAAAUUCUGUUUUCAUUGUUUGGUUGCACUGUCCCUGUUCUUGAUCUCCGCCGACUUGCUACCUCUCCUCCGUGUUGGAUUCUUUUUGUUUCAGGCUUUGUUGGAUUCUUUUUGUUUCAGGCUCUGUUGUGUGUUUGUUGUGCAAAACUAUUAUUUUUUGUUUUACUUUUUGACUCGGCUACAUUAAGACAAUAUUCUCUAUCUUUAACCUGUGCAUUGUAAUUCAAUCCAGCUAUUUUUAAUGAAAGUAUAAUUAUGUUAAUUGUCAACAAAUUUGCAGCAAGUUUUUGCAUAUUUUGAUGAUUAAUUACAUUUAGUUGGUGAUAUUUUAUGUAGGGUUUUAAAUGUGAAAGAUAUUUAGGAUGUUUAUUUAUAAUUUAUUUAUUAUUUUAUUAUGGAAUGGUUUUUCCGGUUGAACCACGGUUAGACCGGUUGGACUAGUAAACCAGUGAACCAGUGACUAGAGCCGUAGAGCGGUUUGAUGACUGGUCCGGUUUUCAGAACCUUGGCGUGGUCUGUUGAAGUCUUCUUCUAGCUUCUAGGUAAUUUUUUCUUUAACUAUAAUUGAAUAAUUUUUCGAUUCUGUGAAGUUCUGUGAGCUGUGAACUGUGAUUUGUGAUUUUUGAUUUUUCUGUGAACUGUGAAUUGAAGUUACUGAACUGAACUGUGAACUUUGUUGAAUAAUUUUUUAUUUUUCACUUUCCACCCCGGAUCUGUUCUGCCAACUGCAUCACAGAGCACUAGUUGCAGAACUCUGCCGUCGCUGUGCCGAGGAAGACGACCUUGAACUUCCGCCGUCUUGUCGCCAUCCGUCCUCCUCUGCGAUCGAAGGCUGCUGCAGGUACAAGAGAGGCCACAUAGGAAUGUGAAGCCUACUAAUAAUGAUAGUGAUAAUCAUUAUUAUCGACAGAUGGCAUCCCUCCUUCUCCGAUCCACUUCUUUCUUCUUCUCCCCUCUCCCUCAGUCAAACCCCAUCAACCUCAAAACCCCUUCUCAAUUUUCCUCCUUUCUUCACUCACACUCACACUCACACACUCAAUACAAACUCUCCAUCAAACUCAACCACCAUCAUGCCCUCCUGCCCCCUCUCCUCCAAUCAACCCUUUCCCACGACCACCAAUACCCCCUCCUCCUCGACGCCCUCUCCGCCUCCCUCCGCUUCUCCCCACACCUCGCCUCCGCUGUCCACGCCGCCCUCCUCAAGCUCCAAGAACACCACACCCCACACCUCUUCACUGCCCUCCUCCUCGCCUACCUCAAGCUCAACCUCCUCCCCGCCGCCCACCGCCUCUUCCUCUCCCUCCCUUCUCCUCCAAAUGUCGUCGUCUAUUCGGCCCUCAUCUCCGCCUUCUCCAAGUCCAACAACCACCACCAUCGCCACCAUGCCCUCCUCUUCUUCCUUCACAUGGUACAUUCCGAUGUUCUCCCUAAUGACUACGCCUUUGUCGCCGUCUUAACUGCUUGCAUUCAAACCCAAAAUCUCCAAUUCGGCCAGCAAUUACAUGCCGCGAUUGUGAAAACCGGUUACUUGGACUCUGCUUUUGUUGCAAAUGCGCUUAUGGGGUUGUACGGUAAGUGUGGCGGGCGUUACAGUUUGGUUCUCAAGCUGUUCGAUGACAUGCUUCAAAGGGACAUUGCGUCGUGGAACACUGUUAUAUCUGUUGCCGUGAAGGAAUUCAUGUAUGAUGACGCUCUUUCGUUGUUCCGUGAGAUGCAAGCAACGGAUGAUUUGAGAGUGGACGAUUUUACCCUCUCCACGCUUUUGGCUGCUUGUUCUAGAAGUGCUUCGGUGGUGGAAGGUUUCCAAGUUCACACGCACGCUAUUAAGGUUGGGUGGGGAAACAAUUUGAGCGUUGGCAAUGCGCUUAUUGGGUUCUACACCAAGUGGGGGACGAUUGAUGAUGUGGUGGAUUUGUUUGAGGAGAUGAAUGAGAGGGAUGUGAUAACUUGGACCGAAAUGGUAGCGGCGUACAUGGAGUUUGGGUUUGUAGAUUUGGCAAUGGAGGUGUUUGAUGAGAUGCCGGAGAGAAACGUGGUGUCUUAUAAUGCUUUAUUGUCUGGGUUUUGUAAGAAUGGGGAAGGUUUAAAGGCUUUGGAUUUGUUUUCAAAGAUGGUGGAGGAGGGAAUGGAAUUAACGGAUUUCAGUUUGACUAGUGCAGUUAAUGCUUGCAGCUUGCUUGGUGACUAUUGGGUUAGUAGGCAGGUUCAUGGGUUUGCUCUCAAAUUUGCUUUCGGAUCGAAUGCAUGUGUUGAAGCGGCUUUGCUUGAUAUGUACACGAGGUCUGGGAGGAUGGGAGAUGCCAGGAAGAUGUUCUGUAGGUGGGAGUUGGAGGAAUUCAUCUCUGUGGUUUGUACAUCCAUGAUAUGCGGCUAUGCUCGAAAUGGGCAGCUGGACGAGGCGAUUUCUCUUAUCCAACAGAGUCAAUCAGAAGGGAAGAUGAUCAUGGAUGAAGUUGCGGCCACUUCGAUGCUUGGUAUUUGUGGGACUAUUGGAUGUCAUGAUAUGGGUAAGCAAAUUCACUGCCAUGCUGUUAAGUUUGGUUAUGAAUCUAAUAUCGGAGUUGGGAAUGCAGUUGUUAGUAUGUAUUUUAAGUGUGGGAAUGUGGAUGAUGCAAUUGGGAUGUUUAAUGGUAUGCCUUCAACCGACAUUGUUUCAUGGAAUACUUUGAUUUCCGGACAUCUUCUACAGAGACAGGGUGAUAAAGCAUUGGAAGUAUGGUCAGAUAUGCAGAAGAAAGGCAUAAAGCCUGACCAAGUCACAUUUGUUUUGGUCAUUUCUGCUUACAGGCUAACUAGCUUGAAUUUGGUUGAUGAUUGUCAUCGUUUGUUUAAUUUGUUGCGAAACGAAUAUCAAGUUGAGCCUACUUGCGAACACUAUUCUUCCUUCAUCAGUGUUUUGGGUCAGUGGGGUCUUCUGGAAGAAGCAGAGGAAACCAUCAAGACAAUGCCUUUUGAGCCUUCAGCUUCUGUUUGGCGUGCUUUGCUUGACAGUUGCAGACUACACAAGAACACAAUCAUUGGAAACCGGGCUGCCAAGCAUAUUCUUGCCAUGGAACCUAAGGAUCCAUCAACCUACAUACUCAUUUCAAAUUUGUAUUCUGCUUCUGCAAGAUGGCACUUGUCUGAAAUGGUAAGAAAGGAUAUGAAAGAAAAGGGAUUUCACAAACAUCCGGCACAAAGUUGGAUCAUUUGUCAGAAUAAGAUACAUUCAUUCUAUGCAAGAGAUAGAUCCCAUCCCCAAGAGAAAGACAUAUAUAGCGGAUUGGAGAUUCUAAUCUUGGAGUGCCUAAAAGCUGGGUAUGAACCUGAUACAAGUUUUGUUCUGCAUGAAGUAGAGGAAUAUCAAAAGAAAGAUUUUCUGUUCUGUCAUAGUGCAAAGCUGGCAGCUACUUAUGGAAUUCUGAUGAGCAAACCAGGGAAGCCAAUUCGGAUUGUGAAGAAUAUCCUUCUCUGUGGGGACUGCCAUACAUUCCUAAAAUAUGUAUCCGUUGUCACUAAGAGGGAUAUUUUUCUUAGAGAUUCUUCAGGAUUUCAUUGUUUCUCCAAUGGCCAGUGCUCUUGUAAAGACUAUUGGUGAAACAAUACAUGAUCCAUGUAUACUGAAAAGUUUUAUAGAUUCAGCUGCAAAUAUCCUGAAAAGGUUGAAGACAUUUGGAACUUGAGAGGAAUAUUAAACACUUCAUGGCAUAGGGUGAAAGUUCAAGCCGGUCACUCAAACUUAUAAAAUAAAAUUUAAAAGAAAAAAUCUUGUCACUAUGCAGCCUUGCUUUUUUUUUUUUUUGCCUUACAUUCAUUAUAGUGACUGAUUUUAGUAUAGACGUAGCAUGAUUGAAAGAUCAUUUACUGCCUCAAAAUUAAAUCCUUCUUAAAAUGGGAUGUAACGGCAGAUACGUAUUUAUCAUACAUUCAUGCUCUUCGAUGCUAUCAACUUAUCAAGUAUCAAUCAAAACACUGAACUUUUCAUCCAGAAGCUUCAAUUCUUCUUAUCCGCAUUAUUACACUCCAGGUACGCCAUCUUAUAAUCAUGAGACACUUUUCUGUGGAGAUUUUUUUAUGUUCCGUUUUUGAAGUU